AUGAGUAACGCACAGAUAUCCAAGAAAUGCAAAUUUAUAAACGACGGAAUUUUCCAUGCCGAACUGAAUGAAUUUCUGUCAAGAUCACUUGCGGAAGAUGGCUACUCCGGCGUGGAAGUUAGAGCAACUCCUGUCAAAACUGAAGUUAUCAUCAGAGCCACUAGAACUAGGGAGGUUUUAGGAGAAAAGGGGAGGAGAAUUAGGGAGCUUACAUCACUUGUGCAAAAACGAUUCGGAUUCGCUCCAGAUUCAGUUGAGCUAUACGCUGAGCGUAUUGAACAUCGUGGGUUAUGUGCUAUGGCACAAGCAGAAUCUUUGAGAUACAAAUUGCUUAAGGGAUUAGCUGUUAGAAGAGCUGCAUAUGGUGUCCUUAGACAUAUUAUGGAAUCUGGUGCCAAUGGAUGUGAGAUUAUUAUAUCUGGAAAGUUGCGUGCCCAACGUGCGAAAAGCAUGAAAUUCAAGGACGGAUACUUAAUCUCUACGGGGGAGCCGUCCAAGCAAUACAUCAACUCUGCUACAAGGUCUGUGCAAUUGAGGCAAGGAGUUUUAGGCGUUAAAGUAAAAAUCAUGCUUCCUCAUGAUCCGGAAGGGAAGCGCGGUCCCAAGGCUAUUAUACCAGACAGUAUCACUGUGUUGGAACCGAAGCCUGAACUUUAG